AAAAUUUUAUUUGAUUCUUAUAAAUUUAUUAAUUUAAAACUCCUUUAUUAGAAUUAUUAUUAACAAGAGAUGAUUUAAAUAUGAACGAAAUCGAAGUUUGGGAAAGUUUAUUGACAUGGUGCUUGUGUCAACAAAAUAUGGAAAGUGAUCAAACUAAAUGGAAUUUCUUUUACAAAGUUUAUAUUUACAAAGAAAUCUUACCAAAAGAUUUGAUUCAUAAUCUUUUGGAAUUUUAUAUUGUUCCUAAUAUUAAACCUAAAACUAACACAGCACCUUCAAGAAAGCUAAAACUUAAUCCAACUUUAAUUCAAUCAAAUCACAUUCCUUUAUUUGCUUCAUGGAUUGAUAGAAAAGAUUCCUCCUAUAACAAAAAUGAAAUUCCUUAUGAAUUUAAAUUAUUAUAUCAUUCAAAUCGGGUUGGAUUUAGCGCUGAAUCAUUUCAUCAAAAUUGUGAUAAUAAAGGAGCCACUAUUUGGGUAGCAAAAAUUCAAGGUCCAACACAAUUAAUUGGAGGUUAUAAUCCACUUGAUUGGAAUGGAAAUGAUGAAUGGAAACCUACUACAGAUAGUUUUAUGUUUAGUUUCACAGAUGGAAAAAAUAUUUCUACUGCAAAAUUAGGUUAUGUUAAAAAACCAAAUUAUGCUAUUUAUUGUGAUAAUAGUCAAGGUCCACAUAUGGGUUAUUUUUAUUGUAAAGGCUAUAAUAUAUGGAAUACUUAUGGUGGUAAUUUUUAUCCUAAUAUAGGUAUCCCAACUUCUAAUUUUUCAGUAGAUUAUUAUGAAGUAUUUCAAGUAAUUAUAAAAUAGAGAAAAUUUAUGAUUAUUAUGUACUGUAUAUAAACUGA